CUGCGCAGGAGUGCAAACGCGUUCCAUUUUUUGAAUUUCCAAUUUUUUGUUUUUGAAAGAGAAAAAUACGAUAUUUUUGAACGUUUUUUAUGUGUUUUUUGAAAACUUACGUGUGUGUGUGAAUAGUGACAUUAAUAUAGAUUUUGAGUUCUUUGGAGAUUUUUUGGAAUUUAUUUUCUGAAAGUAACUAAAACCAUGCCAGCAGUUGAAGAAUAAAGAGCAACAACUAAAAAAACAAUUGAAAAAUGGACAAAACAAAAGAAGAAUUCAAUCCCACUCAAUCUUUUAACGAAAGAAUACCAACAUUAAAAGAUAUCAAUGUAAAGGAAAAGAUAAACACUAUGAGUACUAUAGAUUUCAGAAAUAGACCGUAUGUAAUAUACAACGACUUUAGUACUAAAAAGAAUUACAGAAAAGAAGUAACUUACUGUUUUCUAAGUGUAAUUCUAAGUUUUAUCUUUGGUCUAGCAAUAGGGAUAGUAGUAAUGAGUGGACAAUACGAAGGAAAAAUACUAGUAAAAGAUAGAUCAAUACCUCGAGAUAUCAGCACAGUUAAACCAGAAAUUAAGACAGAAAAGAACAAAUUUUUAGCCGUAUCUUUCACAGGACAGGAGAAUAAGUACAAUAAAGAUAUAUAUCCAAAAGGAUUGACAGAAGUUAUGAAGGAUAUCUUAAAGGACACGAAAAGUGAUAGACAUGCAAUUGUUCUGAAUAAGACUUUCAUACCAGAUGGAGCGACAGUUCUGUAUGACAAUGUGUACUGGGGACCUCAGAUCGAAGAUGCCAUGCCUCAAGGGUACGGAGACAGUUCUUCAGAAAUCUGGGAGAAGUACAUAGAUGAUGCUGAAGUGGUGAAGAUGGAGCCUGGAUGUGGGAGAAUGCAGAACCGGCUAGUCACUUUCAAGGAUGGGGUGCAAGCUUGUGUCAGAUACAGGCAAAACACAGACCAGAUUCAAGGAGAAAUAUUCAGUUUCUACGUAGGAAGAUUGUUAAAUCUGACGAAUCUAGCCCCUUCUGUUAUUAGAAUCGUUGAUUUGAAAGAUAGGCUUUGGAAAAAUGUGGCAAACGAUAUAGCUAGUGCCCAAUGGAGUAGUAAUAGGGCUGUAGUGUUAACACAGUACAUACCCAGUCUAGAAUCCGCGUCAAUACCUGAUAUAUUCAGACCUACAAACAGACAUCUGAAUAAACUAGACAUACUUAAAAUGUCACUCAGAGAAAAUGAUACAGAUAUUUCUAAACAGCUUCUAUUAGACAAGUUAAGAGUAAAAGAAUUGAAAUUGAAACAGGAACAACAGAAUUUCAGCCAUAUUGAUUUGAAACUUAACAAGAAGACUGUAGAUAGAUUUUUGGAACUAGCUCAGUGGUCAGACUUGAUCAUUUUUGAUUAUUUGACAGCCAAUUUGGAUCGGAUAGUCAAUAACCUUUUCAAUUACCAAUGGAAUGUCAAUAUAAUGGACGGUCCUGCUCAUAAUUUAGCUAAGAAAAUGGAUAGUGGACUUCUAAUCUUCCUAGACAAUGAAUCAGGACUCUUACACGGGUAUAGACUUUUGAAGAAGUAUAAUGUCUAUCAUAGUUUAAUGUUAGACAAUUUGUGUGUCUUCAGAAAAAGGACUAUAGACUCUAUGAAAAAGCUUUACAGUUUAAAAUCAAUUGGCUCGCUAUUGAGUGAUAUGUUCCAUAAAAAGAAUUCGGUGAUCAUUAGGGAUAUUCUUCCUUCUCUGCCGGAGAAGAAUUCUAAGAUUCUAAUUGAAAGAAUAGGUAAAGUUUUGAAUCAAGUUGAAAAAUGUGAAAUGAGUUUUAGAUAGCACUCUUUUUCUUGUGAACUCGCACUGAAAACUGACAGUAAUAAAAUCAGUUUUACAAAUUGUCAUUAUUGGUUCAAUAAAUAAUAGUAGUGUAUUAUUAUUUCAAUAAAAGAUUAUUGAAUAAAUAAAUAAAUAUUGUAUUUUCAAUUAUGAUCACAAAAAUUAUUGAUUUUAAUAUUGUAUUGGUUUUCGUUAGUGCGAGAAAAAAGUGUGAUACUCUAACAUUAUUUUGAUGCCAAAUAAUAAUUAUUAUUUAUUGUAAAAACUAUACGAUUAGUUGUAAUAAAUAAAUGAAUGUGCCAGUUGAUAUUGUUAGAUCGAAAAAAUAUAUUUUAUUAAGAAAAUCUUUUGUAUUGUAUGGACUGAAUUACACUGAAAUAACAUUUUAUAAUGUUCAAAUAAAGAGUUUUUAUUCAU